AUGAAGAUAAAGCACAUGCCAGCUAAAAAGUCCAGACUGUCGAAAGCGCAAAGAGACUUCCUCGACACUUACUUUGAGGUAAAUCCUCAUCCAAAUACCCAGGAGAGAGCAUACAUUGCGAGCCAAUCGUUAGUAUCUGAAGAAAAAAUUAGAAACUGGUUCCAAAACAGAAGGACUAGAGAGAGAGGAGACUGUAAGAUAGCCUCACAUCGGAGCGCCUUUAGUGUAAAUACUUUUGAAGAGAACACCUCCAGUGUUCAUCCGACAUCAAACGAUCUCUAUAUCCGAAGAUGA